UUCACUUGCAAACAUAUUCAUUCGCUAUAGCUACAGAGUUUCAGAAAUCUUCCAAGUGCAGUGUUCGAGUUCAUUUAUGAUUAUAGAAUAUUGUUCCAGUGAGCUGUUUCAAAUCAUUUUACCGGAAAAGUCUAUUGUGUUUGUUUUGUACUGAUUUACACCAUUAAGGGUAUUCAAAAUAGUUGACUGAUCUUCAUCAGUGAAACUUAAUUGGAGUCAACAAAACAGUAACCAUGACGUCUUCACAUAUCUUCAAGACUCUGCUGGUAUGUUCGGUGUCAGUAUGCAUAGCCGCUACUUGCAGUGAUGGCAACAUUCAGUUGCAUCAACCUGGAUGCAAUCAAGGUCAGCCUCACCAGCGAAACACUCCCAGAAACCACGCCCUCCAAGCACCCAUCAAACUCGUCCAUUCACUCAUGGGGGAUCCAUGGUUCAAUGACCUCUGGAAUGACCCUUUUGACUGGGGUCAACGCUCUCCAUUGUUAAGUUUCUCUUCAUCAUCUCCCUGUGGUUCAGGGUUGUCUAUUGUCAGCCCGUCAUCAUUGGUUCGAAGAAGGAAAGAUGAAGUUUCUUCAAAACAAAUGGAAUGCCGUGGAUGCCAAAAGGAUGUUCCAAAAGAAGAACUAAACACUUGGGCUGCUGAAGAAGAACAACUCUACAUAAAAGAAGCAAAUCUACGCAAGGAAAGAGAAAACCUAGAAAGACGCAAGCUGGAAGCAGACAACAAAAGGAAAGAGCCACAAAGAAGAGAAACAAUCCAGAAUGAGCAGUAUCAGAGGUCAGUUGAACAGCAGUUAGAACAGCAAAGACUUGAGCAACAGCAGGCGGUGCGAUUGCAGCGGUUGAAGGAACAGCAAGCUGAACAUCUGAGACGACAGAUAGAAGAGCGGAGGCUGCAAGAGGAGAAGUUAAGGGAGCAGCUAAGACAGGAGGCAGAACUACAGAAACAGAGGGAGGAGCAAAGGAGACUUCAACAGCGACAAGAGGCUGAGGAAUUACAAAGACGGCGCAGAGAAGAGCAGAGGUGGAAGGAAGAGAGGUUGAGAGAGGAGCGGGAGGUAUAUGAGAGGAGAAUGAGGCACCAGCAGGAGCAGAGACAGGCUCAGGAGGAACAGCUAGCCACAGAAAGACAGCAGAAAUGGCAGCGCAGGCAAUCGCACCAGGGUACAAAUUCACAAAACAGACAUCAUCAACGGAACACUUUCAAGAAAACAGAGAUUUCCUCUUUGCAGAUCCCGGGCUACUGGCCAGAGGAUGUGUCCGCAGUCAUGACAUCUGAGAAUCGACUUAGAAUCCAAGGAAAACAUAUCUGUAGCUGCCAUGAAAAGUGCACCGAAAGAGAAUUCCAGCGAAGCGUCCCGAUCCCAAGAAAUAUUGACCCACUGAGUCUUGAGGUGGAACUCAACAAAGAUGGAAAGUUGACGAUCAGUGGAGGGACGCGUCAAAACAUGGCUGGUGGGAGAGUCACUGAGGAUCUGGUUGUUGCGGUCCAGAGCGACGGGUCGUUUACUCCGAGGUCGAGAAACUUGGAUUCUUCUUGUGGAGGAGCCAGGAAGGGUUUUAAGUUGAAGAAAAUGAACAAACGGACCGGAGAAAUUUUUGAGGACUUUGAAGAUUAUACAAAAAUGGAUGACAGGAUUUUUGAGGACGAAAUUGACGAGGAUGGAGUCACCAUGGAAGUGAUGGACUUUUAGUGUUGGACUGUUACAGUUUUUGUUGGUCAUUAAAUUAUUUAUUGCUUAAUUAUUCAAAGUUUUUUUUAAACUACUUUUCUCAACAGUUUUGUAAAUUAAAUGGAAGCUGGGACUUCUAAGGUGAAAUCAAAUAAUUAGUCAAUAUUGUUCGCAGAGAUUAUUUAUGUUUCUUGCAUUAUUUUCUAAAAUAUCAGUGGUCUUUUAAAUGUUUGCAACCAAUUUUCUUUUUAAUUUAAACAGCCAAUGUUCUGCGGUUAAAAGAUAAUGUUUUUUGUUUACAGAAUUGGGAUUUGUCAAUGCAACCAACCAAAAGGGAAACAAACUCCAUCAAUCAAUUUGAGAUAGCAAAGAAAAGUUAAC